UGGCACGGAUUUUGCCCUCACUGGUAGCCUGGUAACAUACACUCCCAGGUCUUUCUCUGCCUCUGUGGUGGAUAGUGGAGUGUUUCCCAUGUGGUAUUGGUGUGCUGGAUAUCCCUUCACUGGUAGCCUGGUAACAUACACUCCCAAGUCUUUCUCUGCCUCUGUGGUGGAUAGUGGAGUGUUUCCCAUGUGGUAUUGGUGUGCUGGAUAUCCCUUCACUGGUAGCCUGGUAACAUACACUCCCAGGUCUUUCUCUGCCUCUGUGGUGGAUAGUGGAGUGUUUCCCAUGUGGUAUUGGUGUGCUGGAUAUCCCUUCACUGGUAGCCUGGUAACAUACACUCCCAGGUCUUUCUCUGCCUCUGUGGUGGAUAGUGGAGUGUUUCCCAUGUGGUAUUGGUGUGCUGGAUAUCGCUUCACUGGUAGCCUGGUAACAUACACUCCCAGGUCUUUCUCUGCCUCUGUGGUGGAUAGUGGAGUGUUUCCCAUGUGGUAUUGGUGUGCUGGAUAUCCCUUCACUGGUAGCCUGGUAACAUACACUCCCAGGUCUUUCUCUGCCUCUGUGGUGGAUAGUGGAGUGUUUCCCAUGUGGUAUUGGUGUGCUGGAUAUCCCUUCACUGGUAGCCUGGUAACAUACACUCCCAGGUCUUUCUCUGCCUCUGUGGUGGAUAGUGGAGUGUUUCCCAUGUGGUCUUGGUGUGCUGGAUAUCCCUUCACUGGUAGCCUGGUAACAUACACUCCCAGGUCUUUCUCUGCCUCUGUGGUGGAUAGUGGAGUGUUUCCUAUGUGGUAUUGGUGUGCUGGAUAUCCCUUCACUGGUAGCCUGGUAACAUACACUCCCAGGUCUUUCUCUGCCUCUGUGGUGGAUAGUGGAGUGUUUCCCAUGUGGUAUUGGUGUGCUGGAUAUCCCUUCACUGGUAGCCUGGUAACAUACACUCCCAGGUCUUUCUCUGCCUCUGUGGUGGAUAGUGGAGUGUUUCCCAUGUGGUAUUGGUGUGCUGGAUAUCCCUUCACUGGUAGCCUGGUAACAUACACUCCCAGGUCUUUCUCUGCCUCUGUGGUGGAUAGUGGAGUGUUUCCCAUGUGGUAUUGGUGUGCUGGAUAUCCCUUCACUGGUAGCCUGGUAACAUACACUCCCAGGUCUUUCUCUGCCUCUGUGGUGGAUAGUGGAGUGUUUCCCAUGUGGUAUUGGUGUGCUGGAUUUCCCCUCCCAAGGUACAGGACUUUACAUUUCUCUUCAUUGAAUUGUAGCAGCCACUUUUUGUUCCACUCCUGUAGCUUGGUGAGGUCUACUUGUAGGAAAUCCACAGUCAACAGGUUAUUAGAAUCAGCUCCACUUUCUUAACGCACUUUC